AUGGCCGCUGAACCCUCGUACAUAGACUAUGAGGCCUUCCUGGACCCGGACUUCUCGCCAGCCUCAUUUGCCAACUCGCUGGUGGUGGCCACCAACAAUGCCACAGACACACCGCUGGAUCUGUCAACCCCGCUUUCCCGGGUAUUGUUCGACCUUCAAGAGAUCGACACGCAUAUCCACACGCUGACCACCAAAUCAGCACUCCCCUUGCUGACGCACACGGGGGACCAAACCGCAGCUGCAAGCAAGAUUCUCAAAGAAGCAGACGAUCAGGUUGCCUCUGUCUCGCAGGGGUACGAGCGACUGGAGCGCGAGGUCUUGCGCAAGUGGGAGGCCGCCGAGGAGGCGAGAGUGGCUACGGAGAAUUCUCUGGCCACCGUGCGUCUCGCACGAGCUGUUGCGCGAUGCAUUGCGCUUGGUAGGCAGCUCGAUGGCCAGAUGAUGGAGGUCACUGGCCGUGGCGGGCUUCCUGGAGCAGGCGGAGGCGAUGGGACGGCAUCCCCGGGCCCUGGACGAGACGACAACACCCGUGCGCUUGAGCGCGCUGCAUCGACGAUUGUGAGCCUGCGUCGUCUGCUCUCUGAUACAGGUGUUGGCGAGGAAGGCCACGGCCUCGACCGAGUCAAGGUCAUUCGCACUCUGAAGGGCGACCUGCUGAUUCCGGCGGAGAACCUUGUCAAGGCCAGAGCACAGCAAGCCAUCAAUCGGUUUUCCAUCUCAGCUAGCAAUUCAAGCAGCAAUGGCGCAACUGCACAGUCAAGCUACAAACAAGCGCGCGACGCACGAGCCCGUCUCAUAUCGGGCGUUAAUGUGCUAUACCUGCUCUCUCCUUUACCGUCGAGAACAACCGCCGCCCAUCCUGCAGACUUCCACCCAGAACUGCUCCUCUCCACUCUCCAAGGCUACAUCCAAACCACCACUGUCGCCUCCCUCAACAACCUCUCCCGGGGGCUAACCAUGCUCCCAAGCCUUGACAAGACCCUUCCCGAAAUCACCGCCCGCUGCCAGGACAUCCACGCCCUCGAAGCAAUCCUCAGCACAAUCAAACCCCCCUCCCACCCAUCCCUCCCACAGCCCCAAGAACAAACAUCGUCACCCUCAUCCUCAUCACCACCACCCAACUCCGACUCUAAACAAAACAACCUCCUCACCCCACUCCUCACAUCCCUCGACACCCCUUCCCUCCCAUCUUACUUCUGGCGCUCCCUCGCCUCGUCCCUUUCCCCGCGCAUCCAGGAAAUCAUCCACCGCGGCGGCGUCUCAGCACGCACCCUCCGCUCGAACCGCGACAAGCUCAAGAGGGAGAUCCGUGAGUGUGUCUUGCGCGGGUCGCAGCUGCCGCAGUCUGCUCUGGGUGUGGGAAUGGAGAAACGCGACCAGAACCAGAAUUGGGAGCGCGAGGCGGCGGUUAUGGUUAGUGCUGUUGUGGGAGUGUUGGAGCGGUAG